AUGCUUAAACGCCUACGGAAGGUUGUGCAUUUAUUACCACGCUUCCUUAAAUUCAACGACUCUAGUAAGCGACGAAUUGGCCCAGCACCAAAUGGCAAAGCAUCUACUUCUGACACAGGGGACUCCAUUGUCUGUAUUCAAUCAAGUAAUAUCAUCAGGCAAACGAAUUACCCAACUGCCUCGGGUGGUCUUGGAGAUGUUUACAAGUGUACAUGGAACUGCGAUGCAAGUUCGCAAGAGGUCGCAGUCAAAUCCCCACGAUUCCCAAAUUUGAGUGAUCAUCAGGCAACUGUCAAAAUCAAUAAGAACCUUGACCGCGAGAUCCGUAUCUGGGCCGUAUUAGAGCAUGAAUAUGUACUGCGUUUGUAUGGCACUGUAAAGGAUUUCGGCCCGUUUCGCGCAUUGGUUUCUCCCUGGAUGCCGAACGGGACUUUGAACUUUUACCUCAAUCAUGCGCCUGAGAUCUUCACGAUGGUGGGUAGGCUUCACCUCCUCCGACAAAUCGCUGAGGGACUCAAGUAUCUCCACGACAACAACGUGAUACACGGUGACCUGACCAGUAAUAAUGUACUGGUUGCUGCCGAUGGAUCCCCUCGCCUUUCAGAUUUCGGUAUCUCGAAUAUCAUGGUACAAUCCAACCCUGCCUUUUCCUACCACACCGGUGCAGUACGUUGGGUCGCUCCAGAGCUCCUCAAUGCCCCGGAAGAUCAACCUAUACAAUGCGCAACCAAAUCCAGUGACAUCUACGCUUUUGGUGGUAUCAUGCUUGAGGUCCUGUAUGGGAAACAGCCCUACUGGUGGCUUAAAACCGCCAUACACGUUGUUUCUGCGAGGUUCAAAGACAUAGAACCCAUUGACUCCUCCGUCAAUAUCCAGCUCAAUCAUCUAGAUUUCAUGCGGCGGUGUUGGUCAAUAAAGAGCGAGAUUCGUCCAUCGAUGGAGGAGGUACUAAUCUACCUUCAAGAAGCACUGUCGAAUGAGACUUCUCCUAUAUAA